UAAGGAUAUACAUUUGAGUUUGAGGUGCCACAAAUUCAUAACAAUCAGACACUCAACCUUUGGCUUUGUUUCAUAUACAGAUCAGUACGUAUCCACUAUCUACGGCGGAUGGCGAUUUGGUUUAAACGCAAACGUGAUGGUCGAUAUGCGGGAAACGGGACAUACAAACAACCACGAAUGCUAGAUACAACAACGUUGGAUCCAGCGCUGAAUGGGCCACCACUUACUACACAUGUAUUACCCAGACUCUACACUAUAAUAACCAUUGUUUUACUCCAAUGGACCACGUUACUCUCAAUUACACUCCCCCCGAAAGUCAACAUUUUUCAAAGACACGCUGCUUAUGGCUGCCAUUUACUGCCUUUAGCCAUUUACAAUCUCACCAUCUGCUGACCCUUUCCGCUAUCCAUACUAACCCGCUAGAUCGAUGUUGAGACGAAACACGCGCGAGAGGUCGGACGCACACGACUUCCACUAUGCGCCCAAGCCACGGCGCUCCAUACGUGCGCUUGUAGUGCGUGCGCGGCAAUACCGCUGGCUGUCAAAGGUCAUCCUCAUAGCAUACCUCGUUGCCAUCGCUAUCGGCUGGCGCUUCUACAGUUACAAUCACCCGGCGGCGCCCUACCGGGCCGAGCCCACUGAGGAGGAGCCUAACUACACGUUUGUCGACCCGCGGAAUGACGAUGCGGACGUGCUCUUCCCUGCGGGCCAGGAACAAGUCUUGGAGUCGUUUCCCUACGCGGCGGACGUCUCCGUGUUGCCCAACUCGCCAUACAUACAUGUAUUCGAGACUACUGACUUGCGCUCGACCUACACGAUCUACCUCGAGACGAUUGCAUCGUUUUUGGUCGAGUCAGUCAACUCUGGGGCCUCCUUACAACCACCACAGGUGCCGUUCCACUGGCAGGACUGGAUUGACUUGAACAUCUUGAACCCGUUGAAGCGCGAGAAGCCCAACUGUUUCCGUGUCGGAGCCCUCGGAAGCACCAAGAGAACCGCGUGGGAUGGCUGCGUCGAGGACAAAUCCAAGGCCCGGGACUCCUUAGGAUUCAGGUUUACGGCGCCCGCGCUUUCGCAUGAAAGCGAGUUCCGCUUGUCACUUCGCGGCAAGUCGUACGUCCACUCGUCCGCGGCGAACCCGCAGAAGCUUGUUUUUUUGAGCGGCGACUUGGCGUUUGUGUUAAAAGUGGCGGAGAAACAGCGGCUCGUCAGCUCCAACUUGAUCAGAGGCUAUGUCAGCGCCAAGGCUGCGGCGCAAAAAAUAUCCACGCAGGAGCUCGAGCGCUUACCGAUUCUGCCGCUUGUGGAGAUGGAAGCCAUUGCGAAUACGUUGGGAAAUAGCGUGGCUAAGGAUAAGGUCUAUGGGCCGGUGAGUAUCCCAAUGGAAAAGUUUACCUAUGUCGAGGACGAGGUGUUGAUUGCGGCCGGCUAUGCGGCCCGAACCAACGGCGAAAAGCACUUCCAUGACGUGUUGUACGAACGCGACGGCCAGAACGAGCAGUUGGGUUACGACUGGCGCUUUUUCCACAAGAAAUUGAGCACGUUGCAGCACCGCGCGGCGCUCCACCACACCAUCCGCGCGUGGUUGUCGUUCACGCACAGCAUCGGACUUGAUACGUGGCUUUCGGACGAGUCGUUGGUCGGCUGGAGCCGUAACGGGAUUGUGUUACCGUGGGAGAGCGUGGUACACUUUGAGCUUCCGGCUGCCGAUUUGGGCCGUCUUGCGGCAUCGUUCAACCACUCCUUGAUUGUGGCGGAUCCUACGGAGGGAACUGGCAAUUACUUGAUCGACGUCCAGCCGUACUUCUUGGCCCGUGCGCGCAAGAACAACGGGAACGCGUCGCCAGAGGCCCCGGACGCCAGGUUCAUUGACACUCGCACCGGGGUCUACAUUGAGCUCUCAGGCUUGCUCACCACGGAUAAGGCCGUCACGGUUCCGGACCAGACCGACGGGGCGUACCAGGAGGAUGCGCGUGACCCCGCGAAGCGCGGCAACUUUUUAAACUCCGGCAUGGGCCAUUUCUACCACAAGGACAUGAUCUUACCGCUCCGCAAGACGCUCUUUGAGGGUUUGCUCGCCAACGUGCCGAAGGACGCGGAGGCGAUUGUGGCCCGGAAGUACCCCGACCUUGUGCUGUCCACCGAGUUCUAUGACUAUGUGUACAAGGAGCAUCUCCGUCUCUGGGUCCCGCUGAACAAGUGCCGCUACGUGCCAAACGAGGACAUUGAGUUGUACGCCCUGGGUGGGUCGUCCUUCAUCGGUGCCUGCCACGACGCCAACAUCUGGCAAGAGUACAACAUGACGCGCCUCGCGACCGCCUUCAAGGCGAAAGAAAACGACACCGCUGACCCGAUGGAGCGCAGAGUUGCGCUGCAUGACCAGUCGGCACCGUUGUACCCGGACAACUGGUUGGGGGACAGGAUCAAGGGCUUGAACCGCCACUACGGGUAUCCGUUACCGGUACAUGCCAAUACUUAGGUAUAUGUAUAAUAAG